UUCAGUGAUGGUCAGAGCGGGAGAAGACUAGAGGGGAGGUGGAGAAAUUAGAAACCUAGCUAAGGAGAGUUAGAUACUGUGUGCUAGGGAGAGAAUAGGAAGGGAUCUCUGAGGCUAUGGAGGCCAACCACUUCCUGCAGCUGUUGAUGCUCAGCAUUAUUAUGACUCGGCUCAUCCCUUACAAGGAGGCGCUGGAAUGUAUGGUGGGAGAGUAUGAGGUAGAUGGGCAGUGCUGCCCCAUCUGCCAUGCAGGUUACAGGGUUCAUGAGACAUGCACUAUAAUGACAGGUACCACAUGUGUGGCUUGCGAUCCUGGGACCUACACAGCACACCAGAGUGGCUUGAAGGAGUGUCUCCAGUGUAAAGUCUGUGACCCUGAAUUUGGCUUCAUGACCAUAAAGGAAUGCUCAUCUACAUCCAACACUGUGUGUGACUGCUCUCCAGGCUAUUUCUGUGCUGACAUGAAAGGUGACGACUGUGAGUUGUGUGUGCAUCACCAAGUCUGCACCCCCGGCCAGUAUGUGAAGUCUAGAGGCACAAAGAGAAAGAACACCAUCUGUGAAACGUGCCCAGAAGAGACAUUUUCCUUCAAUGGGACUCUUCGCCAGUGUCUGCUAUGGACCAAUGCACAUUUCCUUUUAGGCAUAAAAGAAAUUCAACAAGUAACCUUCAAAGCUGCUCUGCUUGUCUGCACUUACUUCUGGUCUUCCUUCUGUUGGAUAGCUCUCAUUGCUGACCACAUAACAGGAAGGGUCAUCCUGUUCCCCUGUGGAAAGAACGGUGAUCCCUUUGAGGCUGAUGGGUCAGUCACCAACUUGCCUAUACAGGAGACUAGUCAACAGGAUGAAUUACUUCCACUAAAGGAAAGAAUGUCCAUGAGUCAGGACAGUUGGGAACCUUGAUUAUGGUCUUGGGAAUAUAGUGAAACCCCAAGGCCAAGUCAUACUCUCUGUCUGUCAUUGGGAUAAAGCUCCUACCCAGAAAUGGUGGCCAUCUCCUGCUUGCACCGUCUCCUAGCUUUGCAGCUAGAAGCAUUCCAGAUCGUAAAGUAAUAUCUAUUGUUCAUGGAUAGGUAAAGC